UUGCUUUGUCCUCAGGCUCUCUAGUAUUCCUUUUGGGCUAUUAGUCUUUCAACAUGCAGUUAGGGGAUUAAAGUAAAUCAUUUAAUUCAUGUAGCAUGUCACUCAAUAGUAUACUUUUGGAAAUUGUUUCCACAGGAGCACCCGUGAAAGCAGCCAGUCUGAGAUAUUGACACUGUAGAAAAAACUGACAGCUUACUCCUUGUAUUGAUUCUACUCUUCUCUACAAAUAUAGACUCCGUUCCCUACCACAACCUUAGAGUUCUGCCCCAGAGACGACAAGUAUGAAUACCACAGACAAUGGGGUCAACUGUCUAUGUGCUAUAUGUGGGGACAGAGCAACAGGAAAACACUAUGGGGCCUCGAGCUGUGACGGGUGCAAGGGCUUCUUCAGACGCAGCAUACGCAAGAGUCAUGUUUAUUCCUGCAGGUUCAGUCGGCAAUGUGUUGUUGACAAGGACAAAAGGAAUCAAUGCAGAUAUUGUCGACUAAGAAAGUGUUUUAGAGCAGGAAUGAAAAAAGAAGCUGUGCAAAAUGAACGUGAUAGAAUAAGCACCAGAAGAAGCACAUUUGAUGGCAGCAACAUCCCCUCCAUUAACACACUGGCACAAGCUGAAGUUCGGUCUCGCCAGAUCUCAGUCCCAAGCCCUGGAGGAAGCACUGAUAUAAACGUUAAGAAAAUUGCAAGUAUUAGUGAUGUGUGUGAAUCUAUGAAACAGCAGCUCUUAGUCUUGGUGGAAUGGGCUAAAUAUAUUCCUGCCUUCUGUGAGUUACCAUUGGAUGAUCAGGUGGCACUGUUGAGAGCUCACGCAGGGGAACACUUAUUGCUUGGAGCUGCAAAGAGAUCCAUGAUGUAUAAAGAUAUUUUGCUUUUGGGAAACAACUAUGUUAUUCACCGAAACAGCUGUGAAGUUGAGAUUAGCCGUGUGGCCAAUCGGGUUCUGGAUGAGCUGGUUCGACCCUUUCAAGAAAUCCAGAUUGAUGACAAUGAGUAUGCUUGUUUGAAGGCAAUUGUAUUUUUUGACUCAGAUGCAAAAGGGCUAAGCGAUCCAGUAAAAAUUAAGAACAUGCGGUUCCAAGUGCAGAUCAGCUUGGAGGACUACAUCAAUGACAGGCAGUACGACUCCCGGGGGAGGUUUGGAGAGUUGCUUCUGCUUUUGCCCACGCUACAGAGCAUCACUUGGCAAAUGAUCGAGCAAAUACAGUUUGUUAAACUUUUUGGGAUGGUUAAAAUUGACAACCUACUUCAGGAGAUGUUACUGGGUGGUGCUUCCAAUGAUGGUAGUCAUUUCCAUCAUCCAAUGCACCCACAUUUGUCUCAAGAUCCAUUAACUGGACAAACUAUACUUUUAGGUCCUAUGUCAACAUUGGUUCAUACAGACCAGAUUUCAACUCCUGAAACCCCACUCCCUUCCCCACCGCAAGGCUCUGGACAAGAACACUACAAAAUAGCUGCAAACCAAGCUUCGGUUAUUUCUCAUCAGCCUCUCUCCAAACAAAAGCAAUUAUGAAAAUAUGUUUACUUUUGAACGGCACUGCAUAAAUGUGAAAAGCUGUUGGUCUCAAAAUAUCUCAGGAUAGUACUUCUGACAAACUCUUAGCCAGGGCUUCGUCAUGGUGCUGUUAUAAGAUGGUAUCCUAUUUUAUUGUUUAUAUGUCCAUUUUGUUUGUUGUUGCUACUGUGUAAAACUUUCACAUCAACUAAUGUAUGUCUGAGUUUGAAUAUGUUUAUAGAGUAUAUUUUUUCCAACUGCCCCUGCCUUGUGCCUCGACCAGUUGAAUCUUAUGUACUGCUGUCAUUUGUUUUCUUAAUAUUAAUUUAAAUCUAUACAUAAUUGUUUUAUGUUGAUAUGAUGCAGAACACAUCUUUUGUUCUUUUUUGACUGAGAAUAGUAGAUGAGAAAUCUGAGGUUAAUAUAAAAUGAACUAAGUUUUUUAUAAAUUAUAAACUUGCAGAUUAGGAAAAUAAAGCAGUUGCUGUAGAAUAGGGUGCAUUUCUUUGAAGAAGAAUCACUUACGGGCAUUCUGUGGCAAAGUAGCAUCACUUUGGUCCACUGUUAAAUAUUCCUAUCUUAAGUUUAGAAAAUUAUAAAAACCCAUGCCAAGGAUGACUGGAUAUUCUUUGAAAUCUGUGUUUGAGGAUGUAUGUUAAGAUAAAACAUGUUGUUAGUGUCAUCAGUUAGGAUACAGGCUAAACUGUAACAUAAAAACCCCUAAAACAGUGGCUCAACCAAGACAGACAUUUAUUUCUUUCUCCUGAAACAAUCUAAAAGUAGUCAUCCAUGGAUUAGAAAUUAGCACACCUCGUUCCCAGGGCAGCCAAGAGAGUCAUCUUUAGGUAGAAAGCCUCUGUCAGCUAAAGCCAUUCUACUCCAAUAGAGCCAGUCCUUGGGACAAAUUAGCCAUCUACCACAAAUGUGCCUUAUUUAGUCCUCACAGCAACCCUGUAUGAGAGGUAUUAUUAUCUCUCUUUUAUAAACAAAGAAACCUUCAGCCUAAGGGUUUAAGGAAUAUAACCAAAGUUCAUAAAUCUACACAGGAAGAGAGCCACAUUUAAACCCAGGUCUGGUUGACUGUAAUGAGGAUAAAUCCUUGAUAUGAAAUGAAAAAUGCGAGCUUCUUCCCGUGUGACUUUUAAAUAGAUGCAGCUGAGUGAUGAUUGAAUACUAUCCAUCAUGUUGCCUAUGGUGUCUAUUCACAUGUAAGCAAUGAGUGCAAAAUUGUUGCAGCUUAAAUAAGAAAACACUUUUGUACUUGUAGCAGGCAUCUUCCUCUAAAAACAUUAAAGAAAAUAAAAAGUUAAUCAGAUAGAUUUUGAUGAAAACAGAAAACAAAUUCAGAUAACUAACUUAGCAGAUUUUCAAAAAUCCAGCAGCCCAAGGAUGUACCAAAUGUCUAAUUCUAGACUGAGGAGUGCAUUGGAGCCCUAAACUAUUUGACACCAUCCAAAGCUGGAGCUUAUUUUAAAGCAGUUAGUGAUGGGCUACCUCAUGAAUCAAUGACUCGUCUCUGGUUGAAGAGAAGGAAAACUGGGAAAACUGGUUGAGUAAUUAUCAAUAAUAUUUUUUAAAAAGUAUCCAAAGCUGCAAGAGAUUGAAUCAAAAUAUUUUUUCAGAACUUUUCAAAAUUGCUAAGAUUAUGAUUUCAUAACUCCCACAUAACCCUACAAAUAAAAAGGUUUUGUUAAUGUUAAUUAACUUAUUGGCUCUUAAAGUGAAAUUGAACUCUUGGAAUAGAAAAAUGAUUACUUAAAAACUAUCAUGAUUUAAUAGAAUCAAUAAAAUUCCUUCAAGAGCUAGUACCCUUGUGAAACUGUAAAAUAUAUCGUUGUGUGAAGGGGAGUUUUUUAACUCUUAUUUUUUGAAAAUUUGCUGUAGUGUCUAUUUCAUGAAUAAGAAUGUUUUUGAUUUUUAUAAAUACAAAUAUCUUUUGUAGGUUUUUGUUUACUUUCUUGGGGUUUUUUCUUAGACGAUAUUAAAAAAUACUCUCUUAGUCCAUUUGGGCUGCUAUAACAAAAUACCAUAAACUUGACAGCUUAUAAACAGAAAUUUAUUUCUUACAAUUCUCAAGGCCGGGAAGUCCAAUAUCAAGAUGUCAGCAGAUUUGUUUUCUGGUCCAUAGUUAGUGCCUUUUUGCUGUGUCCUGAAAUGUGGAAGGGGCAAGGCAGCUUUUGGGGGCCUCUUUUACAAAGGCAUUAAUUCUCAUGACCUAGUUAUCUCCCAGUGUUGUAGCACUGGGGACUAGGUUUCAACAUAUAAAUUUGGGGGGACACAAACAUUCAAACCAUAGCAAAUGCCUUAAAAAUGUAAAACAUAAAAUUCAUUUUUGUUAACCCUCCAACUUAGCCACAUAUAUUUACUAAACAGCUAUGUCUUAGAAAUUAUUACUAAUGAUUUUGCUUUAAUAACUAUGGUCAGGGAAUUUGUAAUAUAAUAGUUUUAUAUACUGAACUGCCAAAAAUGCUGAAUAAAGAGGAACUGAUGUUUUCAGCAUGUUUUCAAAAUAUUGGUAAGGAAAGUUAUUGCUUUUAUAUGGUAUAUGACU